CGGGAAACGUGCUAGCAGGUCUGUGAGUGGCAAUUUCCGCCUCGCUGAGAACUCUACACGACGAUGAGGUGCCCUUUGACCCAAGAUUUGUUCUAGCGGGCUGAUUCAUGGCCUCACUUAAAGCCUCUCUCGAUACUCGCGUAUCUCGUAAAUGCUUCUUACGGAAAUGGACAAUUAGUCAUGGACACAGAAACAGAAUGGUCACAACAACUCUCGUCGAUUCCACGAGCGAAGCGCCGAUCUCGCGUUCAAUCGGCCUGCCAGAGAUGCCGGAGACAGAAACUGAAGUGUGAUCAAGAGCGACCUUGUUCGUUGUGCUUGAGGUCCGAGGUCCCUUGUAUAUCUGAGUCUAGGCAAAGGCGCAAGAAAUCGAGGCUUCAUUCCCCGGACGCAGAUAGUGGUCAGAGCGAGAAACAGAACGGGAUUGUCCCUCCAGUCUCGCUUCAUGCCACAAGUUCCUCCCCCCAAUCACGGUUCAGCCAUGGCGAGGAUCAAGAGAACAGUUCGACUCCUGGUCAACAAACGAAUAGUCCGGCGAAAAUCAAAGCGCCGGUUAGCCUCGACCGACUUUCAGCGACAGAUCCCGAAGCCUUCAACCAGAGAAUCUCAUCAGCGGGACUGACACAGGAGAUCAUUGACAACUUCAGCCCCGAGAUCAUCCUCGAAAGCUCUACAUCUGCACUCCCCGGGGGUGUGGGUAGUUCGCAAGGAGCGUUCGGAACAUCUCAGGACGAUAUCACGAUGGAACAGCUGCUGGGCCUCGAAUUGCCUUCUAAAAGGGUGACAGACUAUUUUCUAAACACCUAUCUCGACGCGGUACAUUGGUUCAUGAUGCUUUUUCACGAACCCACAUUCCGAUCCUCCUACGAGAGGCUGAUGGCAUCGAGGAGAUUCUCGCGGACGAGGUCAAACCAGGUCAUCUUCAUUCUUCUGGUCCUGUCCAUGGGUGCACAUUACGCUUCGGACGACGACGUACGGCAGAAGUUUCCUACCUUCCAGCUCGAGACUUUUCGAAAGCUAUCUCUCAAAAAGGUGGAAGACAGCUUGCACUCCCUGUACGAUGCUGCAGACCUCGAAUCUGUCCAAGUCUGUGUCCUUCUGGGAUCAUAUUACGUCUAUUACGGUCGCCCCAACCUUGCAUUUGUUGUUCUAGGUGCCGGGCUAAGAUGUGCCCAACUCAUGUUGCUGCACAGAGAAUCAGCCUGGCGAGGUCUGUCGGAGAUUGCGAAAGAAGAGCGCAGACGAGUCUUCUGGGCUCUGUUUAUCUUCGAUCGAUUUGCAGCUACAAUAUUUGGUCGACCCUGUGGUAUUCCAAUUGGCGAAAUUGACAUCAAGACCCCAGAGAACAUCGGCGACACCACUGUGCAGCAUCCAUCAUUCCGCUCAACCGCGACCAUGCCAGAUGGAACCGUGGAGCCGGUUACCACAUUUGCCUACUUGAAGUACAAGAUCAAGUUUUACCAGAUAUCUUCGCCCAUCAUCGGUGACCUAUAUUUUCAUCGAAGUUCCAGUGUGUCGGAGUUGGCACUCAAGGUCUAUCGAAUUGAUAAAGAGCUGUCUCACUUCUUCAGGUCUCUGCCGCCGGAGCUGAAAUUGGAAGAUCUGUGUCGGAACAACGCGGAACCCGUGACGGCUAAUAGCAGGCCUUUUAUGUUACAAGCACUGGCUCUUCAAAUUGCGUAUGACAAUGUACAGAUCCUGCUACACCGCCCGUUACUAUCUCAAGAUCUGCGAAACUUCAAGUCAGACGCAGGAACUUCCGGAUCCCAAAGUUCGACGUACUCCGCCGGACAGAUCGACUUUGCCAACGACACCAAAUUGUCACAUCGACAUGUACAUGAAAUCCUACUUGCCAGCAGAGAUAAUUGUUGGGAAUCUGCAAUCAGGUCUUCGAAGCUGGGCGAUUACCGUCAAUGCUUGAUCUCUGCACGGGAUAGUCACGCCGCAGCGUUUCUCGGAAUCAAUCUUUUCACAGCUGGCAUGGUCUUGUGCGUAGUGGCUCUCUCGAGGCCACUGUCCUCAGAGGCGCAAAUGGCCAAACAGGCCGUUGCUCGGAUCAUGUCCCUCUCGCGGUUCUUAUCAGGCAGAGCCCUCCUCUCUGCGCAAACAUCAAAGAUUCUGAAAGACCUUAUUCGAUUGAUUGGAGAGAAAGAGAUCAAAGCCAUGCUUUCGGAAUCAGAAACCUCCCAGAACAUGGCCACUUUAUCAGGAACGAGAGCCAGAGAAAUGGCAGGCUCCUCCAAUGCAACACCUGGUCCAGCCUUCGGUGAUCCAGAAUACCCCGAAGAAGUCGCCGCGAAUCCAACGACGACACGGAUAGAGGGUGAAGCUGUUCCUUUCACGCUUGAUCAAGCCGAAACUUCCAUGGACGAUUUUGACUUCUCUGGUUUCGAGAACAUAGAUUUCAACAAUGGCUUACUGAUCAUGCAGCAAGCGAUGUUCCCGGAAGUUUCUGUGCAGCAUACAGAGAGAUCAGAUAAUGACGGAAUAAACCAAAACGUCGCCCAAUACAGCGCGGACAAUUCCUACACCAACCAAACAAGCGGCAAUGAUAUGGGUCUCUUAGGUACUGAUCUAAACAUGAUGAAUACCGUUGGGCAGACAUGGCUUUGGGAUUCUGCUACGUGGUGAUUCACCAAGUAUCAUACGCACAGCUAUGUCAUCCUGGUCGUCCUGAAAACAGAUGGGAACGCUCCUAGUGACCGGACGGCUAGCCGACGACCAAUAAUUGAAAAGGAGAUGCAAGCUGCCUUGCCAGAACGUGGAUGAAAUAAGGCGGAAGUCGCGGCAAUCGUAGAAUUCUUACGGGUCCCAGGCCCUAAUUUCACAGAAAAACACAUUUUGAC